CAAUUAUUUUAUUGAAAGUUUGGGAAAGUUCAUCACUUUAAUCAGAAUUAGGGCCAAAAGGAUAGUCUGCAGGAUAAAUCAAACAGUCCACAGCAGAUUAGUGCAAUUUGGGAAAUAACGCGUAAGACUACUGAGAUUUCCAAGAAACUCAAAUUGGUGCAAACCCACAUGGAAUCCGAGGAAGAUGAAACCCCCUAUCUACACUCAAAGCGGAGCAGACCCACAAACCAUAUUGCUCAAUUUCCAUCAACUUCAAUGCAAGAUUCAAGCUUCAAAAUCCCUAUUCUCCCAGCUGAACUCAUCACUGAAAUCCUCUUAAGGCUUCCAGUGAAAACCCUCUUGAAAUUCAGGUGUGUUUCAAAAUCUUGGCUUUCUUUAAUCUCUAGCACCGAAUUUGUCAAGACCCAUCUUAGUAUAUCUGCUAAUAACAAGGACUAUACCCAUCAUAGGGUUAUGUUGAGUUUUGUUCAACCUGAAUACAAUCUUAAGGACUGUUCCCUUAGUUCUUUACUUUAUGGUUCUGUUACUGACGCGUUGGACAUGGAUUAUCCCAUGAAACACCCUCAUCAAUCUGUUUGGAUUGUGGGUUCUAUCAAUGGGACGAUUUGUCUUGCCAUUGAGGAAAAUGCCUUGUUUCUAUGGAAUCCAUCUAUUAGGAAGUUUAAGAAAUUGCCCGACUCUAGACCUACAUUAAAGUGUGGUUAUUAUUUCAUGUAUGGUUUUGGAUAUGAUGAGCUUCAUGAUGAUUAUAAGGUAGUGGGUAUUUUCUGUACUUUCGGUUCUGGCGGUUCCUAUGAUGUUGAGGUCAAAAUAUAUGGUCUAAAGAGUGAUUCUUGGAGAAAUGUUGAUGAUUAUCAGGGUGGGGUAUUACUGAAUGAUUCGGGUAAGUUUGUGAACGGAAAGCUUCAUUGGGCUACUACUGCUGGUCUUGGCGUGUAUAAUGGCUGGGAAAUCAUUUCUAUUGAUUUGACUGAUGAGAAAUGGGGAAAGGUGGAGCAGCCCUGCUAUGGAGAAGGAAGAAUUGAUUUUGUAUUGGGGGUUUUGGGAGAUGAUCUUUGCGUGCUUUGUAAUUAUCAGAGAACUUGGGCAGAUGUGUGGGUUAUGAAGGAGUAUGGCGUUAAAGAGUCUUGGACAAAAAUGUAUUCCAUCAGAUGUCCUAACGAUCCUGGGAAGUAUAUGUUUUCUCCACCCCUUUGCAUGUCAAAUAAAGGUGAAAUUUUGCUUGUGUUUGGAUCAAUUUUCAUGAAAUACAAUCCUGAUGAUGACUCGAUCAGCUAUCCAGAGGUGACUAACUUUGAUGCAUGUCUUGAGGCGGAAAUCUACAUUGAAAGCCUAGUUUGCCCCCUUCUACAAAAUGAACCAAGGACACAAGAACAAUGAAGGCUGCAGAAGGUCAGAUGAAUGACAAUCCUGUAACUUACAACAUGAAGUGAAAAGCUGCGUUAAGAACAACUAAUUCAGCACGUGCCGACUGCAUGGAGCGCAAUGAGGAAGCAUGGGUUUUCCCUGUUUUACUGUUCAUUGUGAUGUACUAAUGUUAUUACCAUGUGCAUAUAGUUGGUAGCUUGAAAUUGCAUAUCUCGUCGUUGAUAGCUUGAAGUCAAGUUCCCCACAACAAAAUGUGGAACAAGUUUCUCCUUCCCUUAAAUGUCUGUUGUAUGUAGACUGAUCUGAAUUAGAUGUUGUUCUACCAUCUGUUACUUAUGAUGAUAUUAGUUAUAAUGUUAUCUUUGUCAACGAAAAGGAAAAAGAAGCCAAAAAGAGUUGUCCAAUGAUA